AAAAAGUAUUAUUCACAUGACGUUCAGUUUAAGUUUACUUCAUGACUAGAAUUUUUUUAAACGUCAUUAUCAAUUUGCAGGUGAACUCGAAGCAACCAUGGCUACACCGGGAACUCCUUCACCCAAAAAGUACCAAUCUAAACUUAGUUUGCAUCGAGAAAGAACCGGAAUUGAUUCACCAAAAAAAAAACUUCUAACUGAAUUCGUCAAGAUCGCCGACCUGACUGUUGGACUCCAAAAUGCCAAAAUUAAGGGUCGUGUCAUUUCAAGGACGCAACAAAUCCAUACAGCUCAUGGAGUUAUGUUUUCAGCUGUCAUUAUGGAUUCAACCUCAUGCAUCCGCAUAGUAGGAUGGGGAACAACUCUGUGUGAUCUAUACUACAACAAACUUAAGGUUGGGAAAGUUGUAACCCUGGACAGUGUCGGAAUCAAAAUUGCAGCCCAACGAUCCUAUUCAUGGGUAGACCAUCUAUCCCAAAUCACACUCAACAAACUUUCAUUGGUUGAUGAAUCAGAAGAUUCUGCAGACAUGCCACGACAUAACCUGACAUUCACGAAAUUAGAAAAAUGCGUGGAUUCAGGAAAAGUUGUAGAUGUCAUUGGUGUUGUCUAUGAAAUUGGAGAAGUCAUCACGAUCAAAACUGCCAAACAGUCCUGUAAAAGGGAAAUCACAAUACUAGACCAAUGGAACAAAAUGGCAACAAUAACAAUGUGGAAUGAGACUGCCGAGAAAUUCAUCAUAGACAUUUCCAGCUUGGAUAACGCCAUUGUUGCAUUUGGAGGUGUUAAGGUUUCUGCAUUCGCACGCGAUAGUGGAGAAAUAUUCCUAGACUCCUUCGAUGAUUCGGUAAUCAUGAUCAACCCGGAUAUACCUGAUGAAAGGGAGCUGAGGGAGUGGCUUAAAGACAAUCAGUAAACAAAUCCUUUUUUCUGAUUGUCUGAAGAUCUUAAUUACUUGACGUCCUUAAACAUCGACUGCAGCUAAUUGCCUCCAUCUUUUUUCUCGAAUUGUUGCCUCCAUCUGUUUCCCUGAAUUGUUGCCUUGCCUCAAACUUUUUUCCUAAAAUAUGGCUACGAUCUUGUAUCCUGAACUGUUGCCUCGAUGUUGUAACCUCAACUGUUGCCUUUUUACCUCAGCCCUUGUGAUGGAGAAAUUGGGCCACUCGCCACUGUCUGAGUUUAACUCAAGAAUUUACAUUGUUUAUUAUUUUAUUUCGUAAAUGAUACAGAAAAAAAAUCAAGGAAAUUACAAUAAACAAAAAUUACGAAAUUCCUA